GCGAUGUCUCUGUUUCCCAGACAACAGCUCGCGCGCAACCCUGGAGUGCAGCACGCGCCCUUUUACCUUGACAACGGGUAUUCCUCUGGUUUACCACUACUGGUAAUCGAUAUCGCUAGUAAUUUAUCUAAGAAAUCAACGCACCAGAUGCCACUCUAAAGCAUUCAUCCGUUUUAAUAUGCGAGCGAGGAAAACAUUGUAUGUCAUACUUCUCAUGACUAAGCUCAUCUCGCGCGGCAUGAUCGGAAUGCGUGACGCGGGGCCUGGUACGUGAACCUGUUUCUCAGCCAAGGACCGUAAGAACAGGUGGUACUGAAGGUUUUAAAAGCAACAUUACUCAGUCUUGCUUUCGAGGUCAGCUUAACUUUGACAGAGCGGUACUCUGCUCGUAGUUGCGAUGCUUCAGUGUUCUGCGUCCAAGGAAUCUCCGCUGUAAACACAACACAUACAGGUAAGAAGAACACAGGCAUUCCUGCUAUGGCGAAUUCGCUGAAGGCAAAUGUAAGAUUGAUGGCAAAAGACGAGAUCAGAGAGGAGAAGGAAGAAGCUAAAGAAAUGGAUGACACCCUGGAAGAGCCUGCAGAAGAAGAAGAGGAUGAAGAAGAAAGGAAGGCACGGGCCGCAGCGGAGGAGGCAGCAGCCAGAGAGAGAGCAGCUCAGAGACAGCACAUGACUAUAGAGGAGCUGGUGCAGACUGAGAGGAACUACCUGAAACAUCUGCAGCUCUGCACGGUCACCAUCCACAGCAACCUGCAGAAACUCCAGCCUCCUCCACCGAACCUAGAGAACAUGUUCCAGAACAUUGAUGAAGUGAUGGAUGUUUCCAGCAGACUCCUGAGCCUCCUAGACCAGGCACAGAUACAUCACAGCGAUCCGAAAUACCUGGAAACUCUCUGUGAAUCUUUCCUCAGUAUGUCUCAAGAUAUAGAGAUGGCCUAUAAGGAGUAUCUUGCCAACUACAACAACAUUACAGCUCUAGAGAACAGCUACAAACAGAAAGAGGCCCUGUGGGCAGAAAUGGUCCGAACCAUCAAGUCAUCUGCUCCUGAUGUGAAUGCGUCCACUCUGAGUUUCUUCCUGGUGAUGCCGGUUCAGAGAAUCGCCCGUUACCCCCUGCUGCUCCAGACCAUCCAGAAACAUACAGACCCCCAGCACCCUGCCUACCUCAUACUGGAGCACGCCGCUCACACUGCGGUCCAGAUCAACUGCAGGAUCAAUGAAUACAAACGCUUCCGUGAAGUGGCUGACAAGUACAAGAAGACUGAGAACCUGACCAUCAAGGAUAAGAUCAAUCGACUCAGUAGCCACAGCAUUGCCAAAAAGACGGCCCGGCUCAGCCAGUACAUAAAGCAUGAGACAGGAAUGGUGCCAAAGUUAAAGGAUGAAGAAUUUGAUGCUCUUGCUGGCUUCUUCUUUGUCCUGGAGAGGGGCGUCUCGGAGCUUCACGAUAACAUGGAGGCCUAUCUCCACUAUCUACAGAGGUUCCUCAGCUGCAGCCCAGAGGAAGCAGAUCUUGAUCUGGAAGGGGAGAAAACGGCCUUGUUCUCUAAAGAAAUAACAGUGGCACUCAGACAGUGGAUUUACCCCUCAUAUGAGAAUCGUUUGAAGACUCUAGUCUUUAAGCCCUUGUGCUCACUGCAGGAACUGAUGGCAGGACCACGAAACCUCAUCCGCAAACGUCAAGACAAGCUUCUGGACUAUGAGCUAAUCGAGGAGAAGAGUAGCCUGAAUUUCGAUGAGCAAGCCAUAGCUAACACCUACAAGACCAUGAACACCCUGCUGCUAACCGAGCUGCCGCAGUUCAACGGGAAAGCCCUUCAGCUCCUGUGGGCCACGCUAGAGGCCUUCAGCUGCCUGCAGAGAGACCUGGCGGCGGAUAUGGAGCAGCUGGCCACCAGCUUCACUCAUCAGCUCCCACACAGUUAUUUGGAAACUGGUGAGUUCUGGAAGUGGGCAGAGAUUUCGGUGCUGGAGGGUUCGAGGAGGAUGGAGAGCCUGUGUCAGAGCGUUCAAGAUGAGCUCAAUGCUCCCAUUGUGCAGGCGCUCAGUCCCACGUGUGAGAAGCGUCUCAAGGCUCUGACCGCUAAGCAUAGCUCAGAGAAGAUCUACCAGCUGACAGGCCCUGUGGUGGGCACCCGUGACCUUGACCUGACCCUCAGCAAGGGAGAGCUGGUAGCUGUCGUCAGUGAGAUGGACACACGAGGAGACCGUCGCCGCUGGCUGGUUGAUGCAGGAGGCCCGAGGGGAUAUGUGCCUGCCUCAAAACUGACGCGCUACCACCAGUUAACCGUUGACCCGCCGCAGUCUCCUCAUCUGAACGUCAUGCCCACCGGUCCAGGACCCCGAAGACACUCCUACACACCCGGAGCCCAGCCGCUCCCAACCAUCAUGACCACGCCCUGUUUUCAGGUGUACGCAGGCUAUGACUUCACAGCGAGGAGCAGUCAGGAGCUUUCUCUGAGGGCUGGUGAGCCGGUGCGGGUGGUGGAGCCUCACGAUAAGCGUGGAAACAAGGAAUGGAGUCUGGUGGAGGCGCGUGGCCAGAGAGGCUACGUCCCCUCCAACUACCUUGCCAUCCUCCCCUCUGUGAUCGCCUCACCCACCUUCCCUUAUCGCUAGCUGUGAAUAAUAUCCAUGAAAGAACAUCAUCUCCUGCUGAUAUGAGUCUUCUAGCCAGUAUCCAAACACACACAGCACUUUCCCUGAAGGGCCCUUCAUACGUGAGGGGGCGGAUGGCUGCUGUUUGAUGCGUCAUUUGACUGGUGUAUGUACUGGAGUGGUGCUUGGGCCCUGCUGUGGAGUGGUCGUCCGUAUACUUGAUCUCUGCUUUGCCCAGGGCUCUUACUGUUGGAGAUCUUUUUAUCCAAUGAGAGAAGAGCUGCAGGGGCAGGCAGAAACAUGGCUACUACUGGAGUGCACUGUUUCCUGCAAUUACCGCUUGGAUCAACACCUCAGCUGUCCUUCGAAAUGGGCAGCCCUAGUACUACUUGCCUGCUUCACUGUCUUACUACUGAAGAAACUGAGAAUAUUUGGAGUUUUACUUGUUUUAUGAGUCAAAGCUCGUUUGCACUGGUUCCCAGAUUAUUGAGAUGACUAAUAUGCAGACAAGAUCUUACAAAACAUUCUUGCAUAAUUCUUGCUUUUGCAUUUUAUUAAUACUUGAUGGACAGUUUUAUUGUUUUUGAAAUUUGUACAGUGGAUCUAAAAAGUGUUUGGACACUAAGGACACAACAUAAUGUUCUAUAAAAAAUAAUGCAUUGGUAAUAAAAUAUUAAUCCAAGUGACAUUAUAAAAGCACCAAUACACUUUCCAAGCAUAACUUUUCACAUAAAGGGGUCGGCUAAUAUAUUGCCAAUGCUGAUAAUUGUCUCUUUUUUAAUAUUUGCAACAGCUGAAAUGUUUUUCUGUUUGCCUGAUAAAUGUUGGCAGACUUUUAUUUUGACAGUGACGAGAAUGUCAGUGUCUAAAAGCAGACACAUAAUUCUCCAAAUUGUAUGCAGAAAGGACAGUUCUGUUGUCACUGGAACAGUGUUGCCAAGUCCGCAAUUUUCCCGCAGAAUUGGGCUAUUUUAACACUUUUGCCGCAGGUUUUUUUGUCCGCGGGUUGGAGCGACCCCAAAUAACAUGAUAUUUACCCCCUGGAACGCAAUUUUUACCGUGGACCCACCCCACAAAACGAAAUUGGGUUUUGAGUAGCAAUUGGGAGGGUUUUGUCGUGAAUAUCUGGCAACCCUGCACUGAAAAUUUAUACAUUUAUUCACAUCAAACUACGAUGCUAUAUAUAAGAUUAGCGUUUGAGAAAAUAUGAUUCCCAGUACACACAGACUUGCCAGAUUACUGAGCGCACUGGUUUCAGUGCUUACGUCCUUUUUUGUGAAAAAAUACUAUAAUUUGAUUACUGAAUCAAGAAGUUGCUUUUUAUUGUACAGAUUUACUUUUUUUGCAUAUUGAUUAAUUUUCAAAUUAUUUCUAAUAUUACAUAAAAUAAAUAGAAAUUUCGUCUUUAUAAUAAAUAUCUUUAAAUAUAUUGGUUUUAUAUCAACCAUUAGCCACCCUGCUCUCGAAGAUAUCAGCAUUGCCAUCAACCAUCAAAAAAGCUAUAUCGGUCGACUACUGAAAAAAAGUAUAGUGAUGCUUUCUACUUGUCAAACAUUUGUUUGCAGAUGCUGGUUGGAUUGAUAUUUAUUUAUUAAUGCAGUGACAUUCAUACAUUUUUAAUUGUGUCUUAAAUGUCCAAAUACUCUUUGGAGCCACUGGGUGGUGGUGGAUAUCGAAGACACUGUAAUGAUGCAGAUUCAGAACUGCAUUGUUCUUGUGUUGGUUACUUUAUAACCAUGUGAUGAAGGACUUACUGAAAGAUUCAAAGGUGCAGAGAGGAGUUGGUGCAGUGUCCGUCAUGAACAACUGUCUGCUUGCAGUUGCAUCUGAUGUCCACUAGAGGCACCGGAGCACCCUCUGUGAAGACUGUCAUGUUACCUUACUCAGUGUUGGAUUAAUCCCCCAAACAGAAUCAUAUAUUAUUCAUCUGAUCCUCACAAUGGCUUUAAAAGGGAUCCAGUGAGAGGCAGUUCAUCUCCUGCUGAUACUACCCCUGAAUAUGGCAUCAUCUGUACAUAGCACUUUGAAGAGAUAUUUAUUAUAUUAAUUUAUUCCUCAUGUCCACUCUAAAAUUAAACGGAUUGAAUUAAGCCAUCAGAACUGUUGAAAUCCAUCUCAUACCUUCACAUUUCUGCUGUUAUUAUGAGAAGCUGUUAUUCGUCGAAAGCAGCAAGCAGCUUUGGCUGAAGUCUUCUGCCUGACCUCUGAAUGCUCUAUUUGUGACCAGCAGAUUAAAACACUGACGUGAAUGAGGCAGAUUAUUUCUGUCUACCGCAGAGGUUUAUUUUGGAGAUAUGCAUGGGUUGGAGGCUGCUUUUAGCCCAAGUGCUGCUUUUCCUCUUGAGAAUGUGCAAAUGUCACGGCAGGGCUGAUGAUGACUGUGUUUUGUCAUGCUGCAGGCAGAGUAGACAUGCGGUUCGUUGUCCGAGAGAACGCUGCCUGUCAAUCGCUCCUACUUCUGCUAAGAGCUGCUUGUCAGCAAAGCUUUGAUCCUCUGAACCCCUACAGCUACUGCUUCCUCUAUGCGACAGAACUCGAAGCUCUAUAAAUAAAUUUCUCUAUUCAAUGGUCUAAAAAUAGCUGCUUGUCGGCAGGAUCCCUCUAUGGCUCACCCUGUUGGAGCUGUUGGGGACUGCAGCUGCGGUUGCUCUCCCCCCUUUGGGAGGUGGCGUCUCUCACAUUACAUCAAAUCGUGCCCUGGCCCUACUCUUCGUCUCCGCUGAAGAGCCAUGGGAAAAUGCUACGGUAAUUAGAUAUAUUAUGUAUCCCUCACAACAUUACAUACUAUGAAGCAUUUCCUAGUGGGAGAGCAAGCAAACCUUACACCCCUAUCCUAGCUCCCUGUAUUAUGUCUGUUUGUGUGUGUAUUAGACAGAGAAGGGAAGAUAAGCCAUGCAGUAGGGGUUUAUAAGUCCGCAGUAAACAUUGGCUGUCUUGGCGGCACUGCAUAUACAUAUAUACACACAUGCACAAAACCUAAACUUAUUUUUUAAUUUUUUUAUAUUUUUGUCUUGUUUUACAGAAAUAAUAUCUGAACAUCUUUAAAACAAAAAAAUAAUUUACUUAGAGUAAAAUUGCAUGAGAUAUUAAAAUAGUUUUUUCAGUAUAUCAAUGGCACAAAGCUAACAACAUUUAGUGGGAUUUAUGGUUAAAACAAUAAAAAAUGGCUAAUGGGGUAAGAGAAAUUAAUAGAUAUAUUCAUGUAAAAUAAGCCUUAAUGCUUUAUGUAAAUAUUAAGUUUGUAUCAUAUUAUUAAUAGUAAUUAGGAGUCAAGCCCCGAAGGGCUCAUGCUGAUUCAAAUGACGUCAUUUCUGUCAUGAAACUUUUUCCGCCAUUUAGAAUUUUCCGAAAAACCUACUUUUUUGAACUCCUCCUAGAACGUUUAUCCAAUUUGCAUGAAAUUUGGUAUGUAGCAUCUACUCACACUCCAGGCAAAAAGUUAUUAAAAGAUUUUUGUUCGGCCAAUCCAUUCUCGUAUAGCGCGUCAACGGAUUUGAUGCUGUACCUCCACAAUGAUUUGGUGUAUUAACACCAAACUUGGUAUAUGUCAUUACAGGCAUGACUUUGCACAGUAUCGUCACAGCGCCACCUACUGGUGCCGAGAUGGUUAGGAGGAUCCUUAGAUUCCUUGAGGCAUGCCGAGUUGAACGAUAUCCAAUUUUCUUUGGUUGGCCAUUUUGGGCGUCAGCCAUUUUGAAUUUUGUCAUAAAAUGCUGUGUUUUAAGAGUGUAUGAACGUAUCAUUACAAAACUCGGUAUGAUUCAUCGAGGUCAUGUUCUGAGAGGACCUGUAAAGAUUUAGGUCAGCACAACCAAGUGGUCAAGACAUGUAAUUAAAUUUAUGAAAAUGCUUAUAACAUAGAAAAAUUCAACAUAUUGUCAUUUAACUUAUAUCAUUAGAUUUGUUGGCUUAUGCCGAGUCCUACGAUACCAAAUUUGCCAUAUUCUACCAUACUUACUGUCGGCCAUAUUGAAUUUUAUUCAAAACCUACUUUUUCGAACUCCUCCUACAAAAAGUGUCCGAUUUGUACGGAAUUUGGUAUGUAGCAUCUACAGACACUCAUGACAAAAAGUAAUUUAAAAGGUUUUUGAUAGACCCAACCAUUGUUUUAUACUGCGUCAACAAAUUUGACUGCGAGCACACGCCAAAAUAGAUAUGCGGCUGUAUCUUUGCAAAGGUUUUGUGUAUUGACACGAAACUUGGUACAUGUCAUCACAGGCAUGACUUGAGGGUCCAUGCAGAGUUUCGUCAUAGUGCCACCUACUGCUCAGAAGUUAUAAACAAUGUUAUUAUGUUAUAAGUGCUUUAACUGAUGUAAUUUAAACAGCUUUAUCCUAACCUCAUGAUCACAGAUGUCCACAAAUAUUUCCUUUUCUGCCCUUAUUCGGCUUGACCACGUAAUUGCUGCUUGCAGCUAUAUUUAUUAUUUUUGUUGUUGUUAUUAUUAUUAUAUGAAUGUCUCAAUUCAUUGCGUUUUCCAGUAUAAAUAUCUAAACCGUGUUAAAACAAGAUGCAUUUACAGUACUUGAGAAGCAAAACUGCUUAACAUAUUAAGAUGUUUUCUGAGAAUAUAUCUUAUAAUAUAUAUAACAACAAAUACUUGUUUUCUCAUUUUAAGCAUAAAGGAUGAAAUUUCUGAUUAAGAAUUUUUUUUUCAAUGAGUGUGAGGGAUUGGUAACAGAUCUUUAUUCAAUAUCCAGGAAGAUUUUUUUCCCGGCACAAUCAGGAAUACUUUUGCUGCCAAAGAGCCUGAGGUCAGCAUAGAACAGCUUGUGUAAGUUGACCUGUCAAAAGCUGCUGUGUAGAAAUAGACACUGUGGCCUUGUCCGGCUUAAUGCGGGGACUGCAUUUAGUAACUUUUUGGCGUUGGUGUCGUGAUUGUGUUAGAGCUGUCAACUGACCUGUGGCACAACCAACUAACUUUAACCUACACUGAAUCUUGUCCUAGCUAGAUAUUAAACCCCCUCAUUAUGGAGGACAUACUGCACAGUUUACACUGCAAGUCCGUCCCUUGCGGUCCCAAUGUGAAAUACAGCAACGCUCCUCGGACACCUCCUUCAGUGACCUCUGAGCGUGUCUGUGUGAGAGGGAAUGUAGACUCAACAGAUCACGCAGCUGUUUAUAGGACUGAACUCUGAGCUUCUUAAGUUUAGAAGUCAUGGUCAUGCGUAUCUGACAUUAGAGGCUUGUGUAUUUUUAGGGGAUAUGAUGUGGAAAGUCUUGGCAUUUUUACAUGGAGAUGAAAUGUAAUUCUUGUCAAGUUAUAAAGCAAUCAUGUUCAAGUCAUGUCUACAUAAACAUCAUAUUGGCAAAUA